GUUGCUAGGAGACCAAGUGGGCGGAGUUUAGCCUUCUAACUGGCAGCAAUUGGAUAAAAACAAUUAUUCCUCUACCUCUAAUUAGGACUUUAUUUUUCUUUUUGUUGUAUGAACGUAGAGGCAUGGAUGAGGGGUUGUGUUGCCAAGUUUAGUGCUUCUGGGAUGUGUAGUUUUGUUGUUUUGUCCUAGGCCGAAAUUUCAUUACCCUUUUAUAUAUAUAGAUUAUUAUUAGUGUUAUAUUGUAUUACAUUAUAAUAUUAUUAUCAAUAUUAUAUGUAUAUACAAUAUAUUAUAUUAUAAAACUGAGGGCGGGGGCCAGGUAAAUGACCUCAGAGGGCCGCAUUCGGCCCCCGGGGACCCCUGGUAUAUAUCACACUCCUGGGACCUUAUCACAUUAGACUAAGAAUUCACCAUGCAUCGUGACGAAUCCAUUGGGGUCCCAGCAUGGAGUGUGGAGAGCCGGACCCUCCACGCCCCGCAUUGCCUGCCUUACCUGGACCCUCAUCCCAUGGGAGGGAAGUGUUGCCACCUGACUUCCCCCAUUGCUCCCAAGGCAACACGGGAAGCUUCAUGUGUGGCUGCCGCCACAGCAUGUGUUGCUUCCUCUCUUCUUUCACCAUGGAGCUCGGCCAGAAGUUGAUGUGUGCUGUGAGAAGGACUCUGUGAUGAAAGAGGAGAGGAAGUGGCGUACAAAGCCCAUCUGAUUAGGUCACUGGAAAAAUAUCAGACAACUGUGAUUUAGAAGGAGGAAGCCACAUCAUUUCUUCUUUCUUCUGCUAAAGGAAAUAUUUGAGGAAGAGAAUGAAAAUACAAGAAAGAGCAGAGACCAAGACAAAUUCUGCCUUCCCCUACAAUGGGUCUCGCACAUCUCUUGUCUCCAGUUCUAUGUCUAUUUCAGCUGUUUAUCCUUCUUUUGCAACUUUUUGGUGUCAGAGGCCAGACACCAGAGAUCAUACAGGUGCCAGAGACCCUGUCGGUUUGGGCAGGAGAAGAGCUCACUCUGUAUUGCUUCCUGACGGGGAUCGGAAGGGUCCGGUGGUACAAGGGCCUCGACAAAACCCAGCCAGCCAUUUAUUCUCAAAAAGAAUCAUCCCCUCGAGUGACGAGGCUUUUUCCUGAAUCCCCCACCGACUUCUCCAUCACCAUCAGUAACGUUCAAUCUGAAGAUGCUGGGACCUAUUACUGUGUGAAAUACAACAUUUUAUUUAAUAUAGAAGAAAGGGCUGGGAAAGGCACUGUGGUUUCUGUGAUUGGUGUUGCAGAGAUUAUUCAGGUGCCAGAGACCUUGUCGGUGUCCACAGGAGGAGAGUUAACUCUGUACUGCAUCCUGAGAGGGAGCGGAAGGCUAGAAGGAGUCCGUUGGUACCGGGGUCCCGACAGAAACCAACCGGCCAUUUACAACCAAAAAGAUGCCUCUCCUCGAGUGACAAGGCUUGUUCCUGAGUCCCCCACAGACUUCUCCAUCACCAUCAGUAACGUUCGACCUGAGGAUGCUGGGACCUAUUACUGUGUGAAAUACAAAAAGUCAUCAGAAACAGAGGUGGAAGAAAUGGCUGGGAAAGGCACCGUGGUUUCUGUGAUUGAUCAACUGGUGUACUCUGUCUCCUCCGCUUUUGGCCUCUGGGUUGGACUUUUCCUGAGCAAGAUUAUCACUGGUUUCUUCCUUCUUUUCCUUUUUCUGAGAAAAGAGCGGAGCAAGACAACUCCAAGAUGAGACAACUGUCAAGAUGAGAGUGGCCAGGAAAGUGGGGCAUUCAAACCCUCUGCUUAGGAUUUAUUUCAGCCUCCAUCUCUUGCCUGCUUUCCAUCAUGAGAGAUGUGAUGAAGACCUGCCAUGGAAAACGUGACAACUUUAAGUCUGCAAUCCUAGUUCCCUGCAUUCUGCGCCAAGAAAAAAAAAUUUUUCCAUGGGAUUCAGUUAUAUAUUCAGUUGGGCUCGGGCUGUGGCGCAGGCUGGAGAGCAGCUGCAAUGAAUCACUCUGACCAGGAGGUCAUAAGUUCGAGGCCUGCUCGGAGCCUAUGUUUGUCUUGUCUUUGUUCUAUGUUAAAAGGCAUUGAAUGUUUGCCUAUAUGUGUAAUGUGACCCACCCUGAGUCCCCUUCGGGGUGAGAAGGGCAGAAUAUAAAUGCUGUAAAUAAAUAAAUAUAUAGACUACACAUCCCAAAAAGUAGUACAAGAUUGAGCAUCCCUUAUCCAAAAUGUUAGGAGCCAGAAGUGUUUGGUAUCCCCUCCACCCCAAUUUUGGAAUCCUUGCAGCUACAGAAUGAGUUAUAUUAGAGAUGAGACUCAAAUUUAAACAGAAAAUCCAUGUAUAUUUCAAAUAUAACUUACACACAUAGUCUGAAGGUCAUUUUUUAUGCAAUAUUUUAGAGAAUUUUGUGCGUGAAACAAAGUUUGUGUACAUGGAACCACCAAGAAUCAAAGGCAUCACUGUCUCGGCUACCCAUGUGGACAAUUGUGGAUUUCCAGAUUAGGGAUAUUCAAUCCAUAACAAAUUUGUUAGCUGAUAUAUAGCUAUUUGUAAUAUUCUCGGUAUCCCAGUUUGCAUUGGCAGCUUCGUCCUCGUUUAAUAUUGCACUUAAAUUUUACAUUCUUUGUUAGUUUUACAGGGAUCUCAGGGUAUGGUUUUAAAGUUAUGCCUAGUAUUUUUAAUAAUGUAAUUUUAAUAUUGUUCAUGUUUUAUUCCAUGGUAAAGACCUUUGGCUAUUUCACAGACUUUUCCAAUGAUGUGGACUGUGACAUAGAAUUGUGGUCAACAUUUUAUCUUGGUGCUGAAAUGAAGGCAGAAUUGAUGCCAAGGACAUCUCAAAAGAGAGUUUUCAACAACCAGGAGCAAAAAUGGCUGAAGAUGUCACUUCAGAAGAUUUGCUUUUCAACACUAGGCAAGAUUCUGGAAAAGAUGGUUAAAGAAGUGGUCUGCAAACACUUAGAAAUGAAUUCGGUCAUUGCUAACAAUCAACACGGUUUUAUGAAAAACAAGUCAUGCCAGACUAAUCUGAUCUCUUCUUUUGGGUACAAGCUGGGUAGAUGCAGGGAACGCUGUGGAUGUAGUGUGUUUGGAUUUCAGGAAGGCCUUUUUUUGACAAGCUCCCCCAUGACCUUCUGGCAAACAAACUAGACAAAUGUGGUCUUGGCAAAACUACGGUUAGGUGGAUUUGUAAUUGGCUAAGCGAACGAACCCAAAGGGUGCUCACCAAUGUUUCGUCUUCAUCCUGGAAAGAAGUCAUGAGUGGAGAGCCAGAAGCAGGGUUCCGUCCUGGGCCCAGUUCUGUUCAACAUCUUGAUUAAUGACUUAGAUAAUCAAGUUUGCAGACGACACCAAAUUGGGAGGGACAGCCAAUACUCCAGAAGACAGGAGCAGAAUUCAAAACAAUCUUAACGGAUUAGAGAGAUGAUUGGCCAAAACGAACACAAUGAAGUUCAACAGGGACAAAUGCAAGAUACUCUACUUAGGCAGAAAAAAUGAAAUGCAAAGAUACAGAAUGGGGGACACCUGGCUCGACAGCAGGAUGUGUGAAAAAGACCUUGGAGGCCUCGUGAGGAGGAAGGUGAACAUGAGCCAACGAUGUGAUGCGGCAGCAAAAAAGCCAAUGGGAUUUUGGUCUGCAUAAAUAGGAGUAGUGUCUAGAUCCAGGGAAGUCAUAUAAAGGUUUUCCCCUGACAUUAAGUCCAACUCUGGGGGUUGGUGCUCAUCUCCAUUUCUAAGCUAAAGAGCCGAUGUUGUCCAUUGACACAUCCAAAGUCAUGUAUGGAGGGCCGUUACCUUCCCACUGGAGCAGUACCUAUUGAUCUACUCACAUUUGCAUGUUUUUGAACUGCUAGGUUGGCAGAAAGGGAAAUCAUGCUGCCCUCUAUUGUCUUGGUCAGACCACACCUGGAAUCACACUGUGUCCAAUUCUGGGCACUGCAAUUGAAGGGAGUUGUCUAAAGGCUGGAAUGUGUUCAGAGUUUGGCGACUAAAAUGAUCAAGGAUCUGGAGAACAAGCACUAUGAGGAAUGGCUUAAAGAGCUGGGUAUAUUUUGCCUGCAGAAAAGAAGGCUGAGAGGAGACAUGAUAGCAAUGUGUAAAUAUGUGAGGGGAAGUCAUAGGGAGGAGGGAGCAAGCUUGUUUUCUGGUGCCUUGGAAACUAGGACAUUGAACAAUGCCUUCAAAACUACAGGAGAUUCCACCUGAACAUUAGGGAGAACUUCCUCACUCCAAGAGCUGUACAGCAGUGGAACUCUCUGCCUCGGUGUGUGGUGGAGGCUCCUUCUUUGGAGGCUUUUAAGCAGAGGCUGGAUGGCCAUCUGUCGGGGGUGCUUUGAAUGUGAUUUUCCUGCUUCUUGCAGGGGGUUAGACUGGAUGGCCCGUGAAGUCUCUUCCAACUCUACAAUUCUAUGACUAGGAGCUGAUGGCUCCCAUAUUACCCUGUUUCCCCGAAAAUAAGACAAUGUCUUAUAUUAAUUUUUGCUCCCAAAGAUGCUUUAGGUCUUAUUUUCAGGGGAUGUCUUAUUUUUCCACAAAGAAGAAUUCACAUUUAUGGUUGAAUUUAAAAAAAAGAAAAAGAAAAUGUAUUAUCUACUGUACAGUAGUUGUCAUCACAAACCAGCAUAACCAAACUGUGAAUCCUUUCAAGAAUUUCUAUAUUAUAUUUUAUUCUUUCUCUCUCUCCAAGCUACUUUCUACUAUCUCUUAAGUUAUUAUUUGUUCUCCCACUUUCAAUGUACUAUAUUCACAUGAAAUAAAUAAAAACUAUUACAAAAAAGCAUUUCUAUAUUAUAUUUUAUUGCUAUACUGUUUUUAAUUUCUGUUCGCAUGUAAAUUUAUAUUGUUGUUGGGCUUGUCCCUGUGUAAGCUGCCCUGAGUCCCUUCUGGGAGAUGGAGGUGGAAUACAAGAAUAAAGUUAUUAUCAUUAUUAUUAUUA